CUUUUUUCCAAAAAGACUUUUCCAUGGGCCCUAGGCCAUGUAACCGUGAGCUCCACUUCAUUUCCACGUGGCUCCUCACUUAGGUUCUUAUAAUGACUCGCUAUUAAAAACAGUUUAAAAUUUGUAACACCCUCCUCACGCACACACGCAUUGUCCAAAGCAUUGAAUUGAAUCUUUUGUGAUACGAAAUGAAAAUAUUAUUACAAAAUAGAAAGUAACCUGGAAAGAUCAUUGUCUUUGUCUUGGAUGCAAAGUAUGAGUUGAAGAUUGUUCCAGGGACAUGACGCUUCGGAGCAAUAUCAGAACGGUGCCGCUUGGAAGAAGUUUGAGGUUCCGCAUCAAAUCUUUGUUUUCGCUUCUGAUUUUGCCAAAGGCUUCCGAAUUGGUAUGGUAAUAAACCAUAAAAGCUAUUCUGCGAUCAAACUUGGUGUCAAAAAGGCUUUGGUAAUCAACAACUGGGAAAUGGCAAAGGAAUGCUUCACCACAAACGACAUAGUCGUUUCCUCUCGCCCCAAGCUUGUUGCCGUUGAACACAUGAGCUACAACCAAGCCAUGUUCCGCUUAGGACCAUGUGGUCCCUAUUGGCAAAAGGCAAGAAAGAUGACAAUUUCAGAGAUUCUCUCCUCUCACCGAGUGAAGCAGCUACGUCAUAUUUUUGAAUCAGGUUCGAUCAAGGAACUCUUUACCUUUUGGUGUAGCAACAAGAACGAGUGUGGCUAUGCCUUGGUGGAGUUGAAGCAAUGGUUUUCUCAUUUGAUAUUCAACAUUGUUCUUCAAAUGGUUUUGGGAAAGCGAUAUUUUAGUUUAGGAACCGUGGAUGAUGAGAAGGCAGGGAGAUGUGUGAAGGCUGUGAAGGAGUUCAUGCGUCUUUUCGGGGUGUUCACAGUGGGAGAUGCUGUUCCUUGGUUGAGAUGGUUUGAUUUUGGAGGCCAUGAGAAGGCCAUGAAAGAAACUGCCAAGGAAAUGGAUAGUCUUGUAAGUGAGUGGUUAGAGGAGCAUAGACAAAACAAGGCUUUGGGUGGAAAGGUUGAUGGAGUUCAAGAUUUCAUGGACGUCAUGAUUUCAAUGCUUGAUGGACAAACAAGUAAUGGGUUCGAUGCAGAUACCAUGACCAAAUCCACUGUACUGUCAAUAAUUUUAGCAGCAACUGACACAAUCAGUACCACUCUUACCUGGGCAAUGUGUUUAAUAUUAAGAAAUCCUAAUGUAUUGGAAAAAAUUAAAGAAGAGCUUCACAUAGUUGGUAAAGAGAAAUGGCUAAGUGAGAAUGACAUUACUAAGUUAAUAUACCUUCAAGCUACAGUCAAAGAAACGUUAAGACUGUACCCUCCAGCUCCUCUCUCUGCACCUCAUGAAUUCACAGAGGAUUGUACUAUAAAUGGAUACAAUGUCACAAAGGGAACCCGUCUGAUUACAAAUCUUUGGAAAAUCCACACAGAUGAAUAUGUUUGGUCAGACCCAUUAGAGUUUAAACCAGAAAAGUUUCUCACAACACAUAAAGAUAUUGACUUGAGGGGUCAUCAUUUUGAGUUGUUACCAUUUGGAGCAGGUAGAAGGAUUUGUCCUGGAAUAUCUUUCAGCCUUCAAGUUGUUCAUUUAACUCUUGCUAGUUUUUUGCAUUAUUUUGAAAUCAUAAAUCCGUCGACUGAACCUCCUGAUAUGUCUGAAACCUUUGGAUUGACCAACACUAAAACAACUCCACUUGAUGUUGUGUUUAAACCAUGUCUAUCUCCUAAUUGUUAUGAAAGCAAUGAAGAGGUCUUUACAUAAAACUAUAUAUAUUGGGAGAUGAAGAUGUCUUUCAUUUUACAUAAUAGAGAAUAAUGUUCCUCACCACUCACAAAGAUGUUGAACUUAGGAGUAACCAUUUUGAGUUGUUACCCUUUGGAGGUGGGAGAAGAAAUGCGCUGAAAUGUCCCUUGGCUUACACACGAUCCAUUUCACUUUGGCUAAAAUUGCAUUCAUUUGACAUCUUCAAUCCUUCGGCUGAACCUGUUCAUAUGACUAAGUUCUUACUAGAGCUACUCCACAGGAGGUUUUGGUUGAACCACGUCGUAUGUCCAAAUAACAAGAAAGUGAUGCUAUAACAAUUUUAGAAAACUCGAUACUGAUAUAAGAUCUGAUAUGAACAUGUGAAAAAAAUCAUGUUUCUUAUAUUAUCUCGUAGAAAGAGGUUUAAAACAUGCAAGCAUGCAACCCAAUCACUUUGCCCUUGCACCCUCGAAUUCCUUUGACGCCUGCUGAAAUCUGUUCAUGGUGCAUCCAAGUCCUUCAGCAAUAUCCUGCAUUGUUUGAGCUCUCCACGAUGACCUCCAUUGGUGGGUACCAUUUUUGUAUGCUCCACCACAAACGACAUAGUCGUUUAUCGGCCGUGUUAAUGUUUAUGUACUGUUUGAAUAAAUGCCUCAUUGAGCAUUGUG